UUCCCAAUCAUUGGCCACAUGGGGAUCUGCACAUCCACCGGAGUCAUCCGGGACUUCGCAGGGCCAUAUUUUGUCUCUGAAGACAACAUGGCAUUUGGGAAACCAGUGAAGUACUGGAAACUGGAUCCCAGCAAAGUAUAUGCCACUGGUCCCAACGCCUGGGACACAGCCGUACACGAUGCCUCGGAGGAGUACAAGCACCGGAUGCACAACCUCUGCUGUGAUAACUGCCAUUCCCACGUGGCUCUGGCCUUAAACUUGAUGAGAUAUGACAACAGCACCUCCUGGAACAUGGUGAAACUCUGCUUCUUCUCACUCCUCUAUGGGAAAUAUGUAAGCAUAGGAGGCUUUGUGAAGACUUGGCUGCCCUUUGUCCUCUUCCUGGGGGUGAUUGUGACCGUUGUUCUCACCCUUCACCUGCGGUGAUGGCAGCUCUGAACUCCCCAAUCCGUGAGCACACGAAGGAAGAAACUGUGACUGAUCCCGCGGGAUGGAGGCCUGGGACUCUGGGAGCCCUUUUCCAGGGAAAGUGGCAACUCCACUCCAUUGUAACAGCUCCUCUUUGUUUCCUGGAAAUGGCUUCUUUUCCUCCUGUUUUUGUUCUGUCAGUGGUGUCUCCCAGUGUCAGGAAGGUCCUGCUCUCUCCCUUUCUGCAGCUGG